AUGACGGCGCCUUCCUCCAGCAACCGGCUGAAGCUCACUCCCUCCAAUUCACCUUUUCUCACCACCCGACGCCCGAGGUCUCCGCUGCGCGGCCGGCCCGUCUUCGACUCCCGCCUCUCGCUCAAGAGGGUUGUCGGCACCACAUGCCGCUCGCCCACCGCCUUUGACGCCGUCGGAGCCAGCUUCGCCUACACCGCUGGCGGUGCCGUCGUGGUUGUCCGCGUCGACGCCGAUCAGUACACCCAGCGAUUCUACCGAGCCCGCCCCAAUGUUGCCUCGCUCUACGCCUCGCCAAACGCGCCUUCUACACCGACGACGACGACAACGACGACCCCAAAGGCCAAUGACAGCCGCAACCGUGUGGCCGCCGGCUACCGAGACUCCCACGGCGCGCCGGACUGGGCUGAUGGAAUGCCUAGGACGUGGACCAGCCGUGAGCGCAUCAAGGCAGCCACCUGCCUGAGUCUAAGCCCGGACGGCAAGUAUUUGGCUGUGGGCGAGACUGGAUAUGCGCCCCGGGUCUUAAUCUUCAGCCUCCAGGACACAUCCUCCGACAUUCCUCUGGUCUCAAUCAGCGAGCAUGCGUUUGGCGUCAACGCCGUCGCGUGGUCCGCCGACUCCAAGUAUCUCGCCUCCCUCGGUGCCGCCAACGAUGGCUUUCUGUAUGUCUGGAAGGUCGACCCCCGGAACGGCCAGACCAAGCUGUUCCAGCAAAAUAGAUGCACGUCCUACGUCAAGGACAUGGUGUGGCUGGGCAACUCCCUCAUUACUUUUGGCGUCCGGCACAUGAAGAUGUGGAAAAUUGAUGAAAAUGCCGGCAUCUCUCCGACGAAACCAAAGUUCCCGCCCGAUCAUCCUCCUCCUUCGCCAACUUCCCAAAAGACAUUGCCUGGCCGGAAUAUCAUCCUUGGAGGGCUUCUGGAAGCCACUUUUAGCUGCGCGGCCGUGGACGACAGCCGUCUCGUCAUCUGCACCGAGGCGGGCGAUGUAUGCAUUCUGGACGGCGACGAUAGGCAGAUGAAAGUCGUCUCCAUCCUCAAUCUUGACUUCUCUAUAUCAACCAUCCAGUUGCGGGAUAAUGUGGCUUACGUUGGUGGAAAAGACGGAAGUUUCACCAAGCUCGACGUCGCUGGGCUCAUGGACGGGCGCAAGGAUUGUGUUAUCAGCGCUUCCAAGACCUCGACUGGCUUGGUGGCUCUGGGUUUCAUGACAAACCAUUCAGUCACCAUCGACGCCAGAGGUUCGAUUGACGUCUGGGAUUCGGACCACGUACCGGGCCAAACGGCUGAGCCAUCGUUGCACAUCAAUAUCCCUGGCCAUGGAGAUCCAGUUGCCGGUAUCUGUCCCAUGGACCGAUUGAAUGAGAUGCAGGCGGCUUUUCUGACGUGGUCAUACUCUGGGAAGGUGACAUUUUGGGACCUGGAUGGCCAAGUCAAAGUAUCCAUCAUUGUGCCUCUGGAAGGCUUGAAUGUGCCUGAUUCUAACGCGGAGCCGGCGAAUCAAUUGACCUGCGUCAAGGUCUCCAAGAGUGGGCGCCUCCUGGCCACGGCCGACCGCCUUGGUGUGUUGAGAGUUACAGACACAGUCACUGGGGAUUGCCUGCUCGAUACCAAGGCUCACUCAGCUGAUUGCACUUCCAUCAGCCUGUACGAAGACGAGGGGAGAUUCAUCAUGGCUUGUUGUGGUAGGGACCGCACGGCGCAGCUAUUUCACCGUACCUCUACGGGCGGCACUAUCGAGCAUUUCCAAACAAUUGAGUUUGCUUCGCGGGUCGUACAGGUGCUUGUCCCAUCGGAUGACAAGGUCAUCACUUGCUCCUGGGACCGCACGAUGCACAUUCACGAUCUGGUGACCAAGGAAGGGGAGCCUGACGCAAUCGCGGCCAUUCUUUCAAAGGUGGUCUCCCUCAAGGCGUCGCCAACUUCCAUGACCGCGAGCUUGGAUAAUCGGACCUUAUUUGUCUCGAUGCUGGACCGAUCUGUCUGCCAAUACGAUAUCCUAACGGGGCGACCGAUCAACUGCUUCAAGUGCAUGGACGAGAGCGGUAUAGAAUCCGCGGUUCUCGAGUCACUCUCUAUCGAGCAGGGUGCGCCCAGAGACUCUGACUUUCUGCUGGCCGCCUCCAACACGGACAAGUCGAUUCGACUCUAUGACUCCAUUUCCGGGGCAUUUCUGGACCGGGAAUGGGGCCACACCGAGGCCAUCAAUGGCGUGGCCUUUGUGGAUGACGGCGAUGAAGGCAGAAAGGUUGUGAGUGUUGCUGCGGACGGGACCAUCAUGAUAUGGAGCCUCGAUGUACAUGAGCGGCAGAGAAGCAGAGAGCCGUCGCCGGCGAGAGAAGCAACUUCGGGCAGGCCGCCGCUGCGAAAAGUCCUGUCCAAGGCCGAGCUGGCAGAGUUCCAACGGCCUCGCGAGAACUCAACGGGUCAGCGCACCUCGCCGCCAUCGCCGCCAGCACAAUCUCGAACUUUGCGGAAGCGCACUUCCCGACUCAAUCUGUCUUCUACCACCCCCGGCUCCAAGACGCCGUCGCAGAUCAGUCCUGGCAACAGCCGGACCACAGACGACACUCCUUCACGUCGAACCACUGCAAACAGCCCUCCGCUGAGCCCGAGAUCCAGACUGCAUCGUAGGCCUUCGCUACCGGCCCUGGGCCAAGCAGCGCGCAAGAAGAACUCUACUCCCAACCUUCGUGGUAAUGCCUCGUUGACCACAGCGACGGAACAAGCCUGCCGCACCUUGAGAGCGUACCGGAAGAAGCUCACAUCCGCCGAGCCGAUCAAUCCAGAUGCCCUUGGCGAGCUCGAUCAGGAGCUGCGGUUCACCGCGGCCGCGCUGGGCGACCGCGCCAUUAGGAGCAGGGCCAUGAACGAGACUGUCCUGAGCGGACUUCUAGACCAAUACUCUGAAAGGCUCGUCACUCUGCUGGACGAGAAGCUGCGCCUGACCGGCCAGCCCGCCGAGCGGGACACGGAGGCGUCAAGCGAGGAUCGCCGCGGCAGUACUGACGAGACUUCAAGCACAACAUCAUCUUGA